UGACAUCGGCUAGUCGGUCGGUCGUUGUAUCGUUGAAAUAAUAAUCUCCUGAUUACUUAUCAGUGAUUAAUUGUGUUCCUAUACCUGUGUGCCCCGCGCCGACACAUACCGUAACUCCCAUCCAUAUGACGCAGGCCGCCACAAGUUGUUGACUGUUGAACUUAUAGACACACAAACAUGUCGUCCAAAGCCAUAUACGAAGCGACCGGCAAGGAUCUUAUUAACAGGCAUAUAGCUCCAGGCACAGCGUUGGUACCAUGCCGAUUUGCGACCUUCGAACAAGGGACCAUCUGGGAAGAUGAACUCGGCAAGAACCCUUGGCUAGCUAAAGAGCAACUAGUAGUAAAACCCGAUCAGCUGAUCAAAAGGCGCGGUAAACUCGGUCUGGUUGGAGUGAACAAGUCGGCGGCUGAAGUGAGGAGGUGGCUCAGCGAACAUGUCGGCAAAGAACAGCAGGUCGGCGCCGCUGUCGGGAAGCUCAGGCAUUUCAUUGUCGAACCAUUCGUCAAACACGAUGCUAGCGAGGAGAUGUACCUGAACAUAAUGUCUGGCAGACGGUCGGACACCAUCCUCUUCCAUCAUCAGGGAGGAGUGGAUGUCGGCGAUGUGGACGCCCUCGCACUCCGGCUCGAGAUCCCAGUGGACACUUUCCCCUCAGGCGAGGAUAUCGAGAGAGUGCUUCUCAAAAACAUCAAAUCUGCAGCUAUGAAAAGAUUAUUGACGACCUUUAUUCUAGCUUUAUACCGAGUCUACGUCGAUUUAUAUUUCACAUACAUGGAAAUAAACCCGAUAGUUGUAACAAAUGAACGCAUUUACCUAUUGGAUCUUGCCGCCAAGUUGGAUCAAACUGCUGACUUUAUUUGCGCCAAGAAUUGGGGGGAGGUGACAUUCCCCCCUCCGUUCGGAAGGGAUGCUUACCCCGAGGAGGCGCAUAUUGCUGAUUUGGACGCCAAGAGUGGAGCUAGCUUGAAGCUAACAGUUCUAAACAAGUCCGGCCGUAUCUGGACAAUGGUAGCCGGUGGCGGUGCUUCAGUUGUAUACACUGACACCAUCUGCGAGCUGGGUGGAGCCGGCGAGCUCGCCAACUACGGCGAAUACUCGGGCGCGCCAACCGAGACUCAAACCGCGGACUAUGCUAAGACUAUCUUCAGUUUGAUGUGUAGAGAGAAACAUCCUAAUGGAAAGGUGCUCAUCAUCGGCGGUGGUAUAGCCAACUUCACGAACGUAGCCGAUACGUUCAGAGGAAUCAUUACCGCCAUCGAGACCUACAAGGAUGCCCUCAUCCAGUACAACAUCACCAUCUUCGUCAGGAGAGGAGGUCCCAACUACCAAGAAGGUCUAAGACAAAUGCGCGAGGUCGGCCAUCGUCUCCGUAUCCCCCUGUACGUUUUCGGCCCAGAGAGCAAUAUGACGGCCAUUGUCGGGCUCGCGUUAGGACAGUCCCCGAUUCCCAAAGAACAUCAGCUGGACUACGCGCCCAAACAACUGCCGAAACCCCAGGCUGCUCCAAAACCGAAGCUGGAUAUCCCAGAGAUGACACACAAGCUACUGGACCUGGUCUGUUCCCAAGCUCCAACUCGCCAAGACUUGGGCCAGUGCCCUUCUUCCGUCAUGUCACUAUUCACUGACCGGACUAAAGCCAUCAUUUGGGGAAUGCAGAACAGAGCUAUUCAGGGCAUGUUGGACUUCGAUUACAUCUGCCGUCGCUCGGAGCCGUCAGUCGUCGCCAUCGUGUACCCAUUUACAGCCGACCACAAACAGAAGUACUACUUCGGUAACAAGGAAGUCUUCAUACCCGUGUAUUCUGACAUGGAUGUUUCGAUGCGAAAGCACCAAGAAGCGACUGUCCUCGUCAACUUUGCGUCUCUACGGUCCGCUUACGAUAGUACCAUGCAGGCCAUGCAACAUCCCCAGAUCAACACAAUCGUCAUUAUCGCUGAAGGUAUCCCUGAGAAUAUGACAAGGAAGAUCAUCAAACUCGCUGAUACUAGAGGGGUAAACAUAAUCGGUCCGGCGACAGUAGGUGGAAUCAAACCUGGAUGCUUCAAGAUCGGUAAUACAGCGGGAAUGAUUGACAAUAUCAUUGAUAGCAAGCUGUACAGACCUGGAAGCGUAGCGUACGUAUCCCGUUCGGGAGGUAUGAGCAAUGAGCUCAACAAUAUCAUCUCUAAGGACGCGGACGGAGUCUGCGAGGGUGUCGCCAUCGGAGGGGAUCGGUACCCUGGAACCACCUUCAUUGACCACCUCAUGAGAUACGAGACAGACCCCAACGUUAAGAUGUUAGUCCUGCUCGGUGAAGUUGGAGGAGUGGAGGAAUACCACGUGUGUCGCGCCAUCAGGGAUGGAAAGAUCAAGAAACCCAUCGUCGCGUGGUGUAUCGGAACCUGUUCCGACAUGUUCACGUCAGAAGUACAGUUCGGCCACGCGGGUUCUCUCGCUGGUUCCGCUGUAGAAAAGGCCGUGGCUAAGAACGCAGCGCUGAAGGCGUACGGAGCCGAGGUGCCAGACUCCUUCGAUACCCUCGGAGUCGCUGUUAAUAAGGUCUACCAGAAGCUGGUGAAGGAAGGCAAGAUCAUCGUCAAGGAGGAGGUGGAACCACCCAAAGUACCCAUGGAUUACGACUGGGCGAGAAAACUGGGCAUCAUCAGAAAGCCGGCUGCCUUCAUUAGCACGAUAUGCGACGAGCGCGGCAACGAGCUCUCAUACUGCGGGGUGCCUAUAAGCCAGGUCCUCGAGAGGCAGAUGGGGGUCGGAGGCACUAUCAGUUUGCUGUGGUUCCAACGGGAGUUACCAGAAUGGGCAACGAAGUUCUUCGAGCUGGUUCUAAUAGUGACGGCUGACCAUGGACCGGCCGUGUCCGGGGCACAUAACACGAUGGUCACCGCAAGAGCCGGGAAGGAUCUCAUCUCUUCAGUCGUCAGCGGAUUGUUGACUAUUGGUGAUCGUUUCGGAGGAGCCCUCGACCGCGCUGCGCUAGAUUUCUGCGCGGCGUACGACCGCGGCCAACAUCCGCAGGAGUUCGUCAACGAGAAGCGAGCCAAGGGAGAACUCAUCAUGGGUAUUGGGCACAGAGUAAAAUCAAUAAACAAUCCGGACUCAAGAGUUCGUGAGUUGAAAGCCUACGUGACGUCUCGCUGGCCCGCGUGGCCAGUCACUCGCUACGCCCUGGACGUGGAAGCCAUCACCACGCGGAAGAAGCCCAACCUGAUCCUCAACGUCGACGGUAUCGUCGCAGCCGCCAUGGUCGAUAUGUUCAGACACUGCCAGCUGUUUACACAGGAGGAAGGAAACAAUUAUAUAUCAAUGGGAUCAAUCAACGCUCUGUUUGUCCUCGGCCGUACUAUCGGUCUGGUUGGCCACUACCUAGACCAGAAACGUAUGAAGCAACCCCUCUACCGCCACCCAUGGGACGAUAUCACAUACAUGUCCCCAUUGAACUAAAAUACCCACACAAACCCAUGGAUUGGACGGAGAUAAAUAAGCUAAAAUGACCCCUGUUAAUUAACUUUAAUGAUAGACAGAAAUAUUCAAAUUUUUAUGUAUUAAUAUGCCCAUUUUGAUUCAAUAAAAGUUUUCUCAAAGCGGAUGUUUUUAAGGUCUCCUGCGAAAAUCGAUUUUUUU